AUGGUGGCUAGGGCCAACAAGGGUCGUCAGAGAAUCAAGAUGCGCAAAUUGGAAAACGACAGUAAACGGUACAUUGUCCAAAAGAAGUUGUGGCGUUUCAAGAACAGUAGUGAACCCUGCACCCUUACUGGUGCAGAGAUUGCCGUGAUAAUAGAUUCCCCCGGAAAGAAUAUAUUCUCGUUCGGGCACCCUUCUGUGCAGACCAUCAUUGACCGCUAUGAGAACAUGAAUCCUUACUCAACCAACACUGAGCAACUGACGGAGGCUGCAUGCAGAAGAAAAGUAGAGGAUCUCAUGGCAGAAUUAGAUGCUAUUAAUGAGGAUCUGCAAAAUGAGAAGAUGAAAAGAAAAAUUCUUAAUCAAGAGGAGAGGGCCGAUCGACCAGACUCAUCACUGCAAAACCCUGCUAUCGGGGCUAUUAAGGGAUUUAAGAACUUCGUUCAACCAAGUGCAGCCACUGCUUUGCUGUUUCAUGGUGGAAAUUCAUCGAACCACAACACGAUGAAUCCCUAUGAUCCUAUGCCUUCUCCUCCUCCUCCUGCCGGACCAUGGAAUCUGAAUUUUGGAAGUCAGUGA